UGAUUGUAGAACGUGUGGACUGUUGCCUUAGGGAUACUUCACCCCAAAAUUCUUCAUCAUUUACUCACCCUCGUGUAUUGUUAUACGUGUAUAAAUUACUUUGUUCUGAUGAACAAAGAGAAAGAUAAAUGGAAGAAUGUUAGUAACCUUCAGUUCCGGCCGGGACAUCAUUGACUACUAUAGUGGGAAAAAUGAAAUGGUAGUUAGGUGCCCCAGAACUGUUUGUUUUCCCAAUCUCUUCUCAUUUUGUGUUCAGCAGAACAACAAAAAUGCAAUAUUUUUUCCUACUAUUGUAGUUGAUGAUGCCCCAGAACUGAAAAUUGCUCACAUUCUUCCAAAUAUCUUCCUCGGUGUUCAUCGGGACAACGAAAUUUAUACAGAUUUGAAACAACCUGAGGGCCGACAAGAGCGUCACACCAGAGCAAUGGACGCGAAAGCUGAAGAUUAAAUUCUCAGGGAGUUUCAGCAGAGCGUCUCGUGAUGGCGGACACCGUCCCGUCUGGUCUGUUGGAGGCGUGUGUUGUCGUCGGAGUAUCAGACGACCAUUUGACAGAGUUAUGUCAGCUUCAGGGCAAAGACGGAGAGCUCCCCCCGGUGGAGGUGGAGGUGUUACAGGUUCACGCUCCUCCGUUUGUUAAGAGAGAGAGUUCAUGUGACGGUCUGGACAGUUCUCACGCUCCGGCCUUCAGCAGAGCCCAGAGACGACGCUCGUUCAAGAAGAAGAGAGAGAGACCCGUCUCCGCCAACAUCGACUCUGCCAGCCAAUCAGCAGUCGCCACCUCAGAGGACCUCAGCGUACCUCAAAACAUCGACCUCAUGGCCCUGCAGCAGCUCUGUUUCCCAGAUGGUUUGAGGAUAACCAAUGAGAGCAGAGAAGACUCGUAUCAUUUCCUGGUGUUCACGGAUGUGUUUGGGAAUCAGACGCAUGGUGUGGUGGCUCAGUACUGUAAACCGGUUCAGUUUUAUCAGGACGGCAACCGGUCCUCCAAACUCCCGCGCUUGUACACGACGUACAGCAUAUGUGUCAUUUCCAAAUACCCCUAUUAUAAUGCACUCCGAGACUGUCUGUCCUGUUUCUUGCUUCAGCUGAAGACCGUCCGCAUGUCUGAGUUUGAAGAGACGGUGAAGGAGUUCUCGGCUAAGUUGGCCCUGGUGCCCAUCCCUCCUCCAGGACAGCUGCACGUGGUGUUUAACCUCAGACCUCUUGGCAUUGAGCUUCCUUCGAGACUGGAUGCGGAUCGGCCCGUGGUGGAUCUUGAUCUUCAUCUGCCGUUCUUGUGUUUCCAACCCAAACAGAUCCUGCAGAUCAUCAGCGGUCUUCUGAUGGAGCGCAGGCUGGUGUUUCUCUCCACCGAUUGGUCCAAACUCACACUGAUGGCUGAGUGUUUCAUGAUCUUCAUUCAUCCUCUGCGCUGGCAGCAUCCGUUUGUGCCCGUGCUGUCCCGUCAGAUGCUGGACUUCAUCAUGGCCCCCACCGCCUACCUGAUGGGCUGCCACACCUUUCAUUUCGAUGAUGUCACCGAGGAAAUUGAGGAUCUGGUUCUUAUAGACAUCGAUCGAGGAACCGUGAUCUCUUCCAGUUCAAGCACUCCAGAGGUUUUAGACGUGCCGCAGGCGGCAAAAGAUUGUUUUCUAUUCCGGUGUGAGGAUUUGCAGCUGCACUAUGAUCUGGAGUUGUGUAACAGCAGCACACACACAGACAUCAACGAUGUGCGCGCUCACAGGAGACACUGGCAACACACGCUCAACACCAUCAUCAUGAACGUCACCAUGGAGCUGAUCGUCAACAUCUUCAGUGAUGUGCGUGAGUUCCUGAACUAUGAGCAUCGUGUUUUCAACAGUGAAGAGUUCCUCAGGUCCAGAGAGCCAGAAGAUCACAAUAUCUACAAGAAGGUUUUAGACACUCAUAUAUUUCACUCAUUUCUGAGAGAUCGUUUGAACAAAAGGGACGACGCCUUCACUCGUAUGGAGAUGAGCAACCGCUCAGAGACUCGCAGGAUAAGGGCCAUGACGGAGUCUCCACGCAGACCCACUGUGGAGGAGAUCCGUAAGUUCUCCAGACCUGAGAACGGUCUGCACAAGAGGCUGGGGAUGAGCAUGCCUAACCUGGCCGAUGACCGAGUACUAAACGCACCGGUCCGACACAUGUCAAUGAAGACCAUGUUCUCACAGUGCGGCACCUGGAAUCCCUCAAGAUCAAUCAAGACCUUUAAACUCCCAGAAUUCCCUCCUCCACUGGCCUUUCAGUACGUUCAGAACUAUUACUCUGAUCUCAUCAGUCAGCUGACUAAAGCCAUCGCCAUGGCGACCCCAGACGACUCCGCCCUCCUGGCCCGUUAUCAUUACCUGCGCGGGCUGGUGAAUUCUGUCGCCGGGAGACGCGUGGACGCUCUCGGAGACUUCCAGAGCUUGUACAAGACAGACGUGGAUAUCUUUCCCUCUCAGCUGGUGAACACGCUGGUGGAUUCUCUGCCGGCCGAGGAGAGACAGACGGCCGAGAGGCGCACCGAGUUAAAGCGUCUGAUCAGCCGGGUGAAGAGGGACAAUGAGCGGGAGCGAGCGCGCACGCUGGACGGCGGUACGGUCAAGAGGUUUGAACUGCCAAAGAAACACCUGCAUCUGGAUGAUUUUGUGCGGCGCGUGCAGGAGUCGGGCAUCGUGAAGGAUCUGGGCACCAUCCGUCGACUGUUCGAUGCUCUCACUGUGGGUCUGGAAGCCACAUCGCAGUCUGUAUUUUACCUUGAGGUGGAGGGUCAGCAGAAGCAGGUGGAUCCAGAGAUCUUCUGUUUCUUCUAUAACUUCUGGAAGGAGACUGAAGCGGCAGCUCAAGACGUGGAGUUACCGGCCGUGGUCCUGGAACACCUGGAGAGUAAUGAAUGUGUGUACAAGCUCUCGUCUUCAGUCAAGACCAGCCACGGCGUGGGAAAAAUCGCCAUGACCCAGCGCAGGCUUUUCCUGCUGACGGAGGGACGGCCCGGAUACGUCGAGAUCACAAAGUUCAGAGAUAUUGAGGACGUGAAGAUCUCUUCAGCUGCGUUUCUUCUUCUGAGGAUCCCAUCCCUGAAGAUCAAGACGUCCCUCAGGAAGGAAACGUUCGAGGCGAACCUGAAGUCUGAGUGUGACCUCUGGCAUCUGAUGAUUAAGGAGAUGUGGGCCGGGAGGAAGAUGGCGGAUGAUCAUAAGGAUCCUCAGUUUAUGGAUCAGACUCUGACUAACGCUCUGCUGAUGGACGCUGUGGUGGGCAGUCUACAGACUCAGAAAGCCAUCUACGCUGCUUCCAAGCUCUCAUACUUUGACAAGAUGAAAUCAGAGGUUCCCAUGAUGGUUCCUAAGACGACGUCUGAGACCCUGAAGCACAAGAUCAACCCGUCACUGGAUGUGACAUCACCUCAAGCUGUGGAUGUUCUGUGCUACACUCCUGGUCAGCUGGGUGUGGCGGAUCUGGACGGAGGUGGAAACCCAAAGCUCUGGUGUGCGAUGGGCGAUGGGAAGGUUCUGGUGUUUGAUGCUGCCAGCUGGUCCAUGCAGCACAGCUCCGUUCAAGUGGGAGCGUCACGUCUGAACUGUAUGCUGGCGGUGAAUUCACAGCAGCUGUGGAUCGGCUCGCAGGACUCACUCAUUUACAUCAUAAACCCUCGCAGCACGUCCUGCAAUAAACAUCUGACGGAGCAUCGCGUGGCCGUCACCGGAUUCGCUCUGGAGGAGAGAGCUGACAAAUUCAGUCAGACGGUGGCGUACUCGUGCAGCGCAGACGGCAGUGUGAUCGUAUGGGACGUGUCCACGCUUCAGGUCAAGCGGCAGUUCAGAGUGUCGUGUGAUGGGCUGCGCUCCGUUCAGAUUCACGACGGCAUGUUGUGGUGCUGUGCACGUGAUGGUCUGACAGAAGUUCGCAGGAACGGCGCUGUGCAUCGUAAGGUGUCACUUCCUGUUCACCUGUCGAGUUCUCCGGGGGGAUUCAGCAGCUUUCUGCUCUUUAAUGAGUCUGAGCAGCUGUGGGCCGGUUUCGCAGACGCAGGUGAGAUCUGCAUGUGGCACUGCAGAGACGUGAGCAGACCCAUCAUCAGAAUCCAGCUGAAAGACUGCGCAGGUGUCGUCUGCAUGAUCAAAGUCAAAAAACAGAUCUGGGUGGGCUGUCGCGGACGCAGCGUCGCAGGGAAAUCUCGUGGCAAGAUCUACGUGGUGAACACGGAGCAAUGCGUCGUGGAGAAGGAGCUGAUCGCACACACCGACUGCGUGCAGACGCUUUGCUCGGCUGAAGACCGAUACGUGCUCAGUGGAGCUGCUCAGACCGACGGCAAGAUCGGCAUAUGGAAGGUCGAGUAAUAACCGUCGGGAUCUCAUCUAACACUGGAAAGACAAACACUACAUCGCCAGUUAAUAACAUGAUGAACAUGUGUUGAAUAUGAUGCAGUAUACAGUACAUUACAAACAAACAUCAUCUACCUGAUGAGAAAUGAUGAAGGAAACACAACAUGCAAAUAAUACUCAUAUUCAUAUGAACUUCUGAAGAUGAAAGUCUUUAUUGUGUGUUACUGAAUGAUGAAGUAGCUUAAUAUUAAAGGGAAAGACACGUUUAUAUUCUUCAGUGUUAGUUCAGUAUUUAGUGACUCAUGUCGGAGGAUUUUCAUCUGUUCAUAGUGAAUUAAAAACCAAAGUCAGAUCAGUCAGACAUCAGACUGGGAGAUAUUUAAGAUCUGGGCCCGUAUGUAUAACACUUCUCAGAAAUGCUCUUAAGAGUAGUCUUAAACUUUGACUUAAGCAUCAAACAAAUCUUAGUAAGAAGUAGGACUUUUUUAAGAGUAGGAGACUUUUAUAAAGAAGCUUAAAGCAACUUUCAGUAAAGUUUAAGACUGAUUCUUAAGUGUUGUGAAUGAAGGACUACAAUGAGUUCAACAGAAAAUGGCCGCCCUUGACCUCUGAAUCAGCCUGCAAGGAUAAAGACAUAGCAGCAUGACACCAUUUAUUCAUGACUGAAUUAAGACUGAAUUAAGACAUUACAAAUGUUUGAUUAUAUAUAUAUAUAUACUGUAUAUAUAUAUAUACACAGCUGCAAUCCAUAGCUUAUUUGGGUAUAAACCAAAAUGUAGUUAUUGGGCAAGUACAUGUAAAAAACUGGCUUCCCCUGAUACAACGGUAAGGUUAUUACAAUAGUGAUUUAUAUAUAUGUGACCCUGGAUCACAAAACCAGUCUUAAGUAGCACGGGAACAUUUUUAGUAAAAGACAAAAAUACAUCGUGUGGGUCAAAAUUAUCGAUUUUUCUUUUAUGCCAAAAAUCAUUAGGAUAUUAAGUAAAGAUCAUGUUCCAUGAAGAUAUUUUGUAAAUUUCCUACCUUAAAUAUAUAAAAACUUUAUUUUUGUGAGUGGAUGGUCUGCCACAGUGCUCCUGAUUAACAACUUCAAAGGCAAUUUUCUGAAUAUUUUGAUUUUUUUGCGCUCUCAGAUUCCUGAGUUUUAAACGGUUGUAUCUCAGCCAGAUAUUGUCCUAUUCUAACAACUCAGAUAUCUAUAGAAAGUUUAUUUAUUCAGCUUUCAGAUUAUGUAAAAAUCUCAAUUUCGAAAAAUUGACCCAUAAGACUGGUUUUGUUGUCCAGGGUCACAUAUAUAUAUAUUAAGCUGUAUGAUUUUGUGGGAAAUUUACCAUCGGUUGACUUCAUCCCACAUAAAUGCAUAAAGCUACCUGCAAUUUCAUUUUUCAAACCGAGAUGGCGACAAGUUAACUCGACUCAACAAUUUUCAUUGUUACAAAGCAGCUGUACAUGAGACAUAUUGACUUCAAGCAAAACAAUCAAAGUUGUACCUGUAAAAACAAGAAAAAGGUGAAAACAGAAGACACACACACCCACAUACAAAACACUCCGCACACACAAUAGGCACACGUACUAACACACACAGACACGCACACAUGCAGACGCACGCUCAGUGAGAGCACACAUUUAGGAUAAAGGAGAGAGAAGCACAGGUCAAAUAUUAAACAGACUAUAAAUUCCUAUAUGCAAUAUUAAGUAAAACUUUAAAAUUAUAAAGCAGCCCCCCCUGGCCAGGCAAAUAGUGCAAAACAGUAUGCAAACGAUGCAAAAGGUAAAAAUUGCAGUUUCAAAAAUGUAUUUUGCUUUAUGUGCAGAAAUAUGACAAAUAUGUGUCCAUUUCGCACACUUUUAAUUGAGUUUUAACAGUUAAUUUAAAUAAUUAAGCUGCUGAAUCACCUCAUUCUAUAUUGCACUUACAGCUGUACACAAAGAAAAGACCAAAGCUGCAAAUGUUUUGAAAUGGGUUUCAUUUGUGAUAUUAUUGUAUAUAACUCCCUGUCAUCACAUCAUUCUUUGAUGUAACGUCCGUGAUAUCUGCCUCUGAACUGCCAUGGUGUUACUCUGCACUAGGUUAGGAGACCUCUUCAGCUCUUCAGUCAUUUAGGAGCUGAGACCUAGUCUUAACACUUAUGAACCUUUAUGAAUCACUCUUAUUCUUAUGCCUAGAAAUAAGAGUAGAAUGACGUCAUUCUCAGACUUUUAAGAGUGAGUUCGUACUCGGAGAUGCUCAUACAUUCGGCCCCUAAUCACUUCAGUCUCUUUAAACAUUGUGUCAUCUUACAGAUGUGAAAAUGCACUUUACUCUCUCGUCUUAUUUUUCAAUGACAGUUAUUCUUUUAAGAAGAUAAAAGUUGUUUAUGUAUGUUAUUAAAGUAUAACUUUCAACAUCAAGAGGAAAUCUUAGUGCUGAUGUUGAAGCAAAUGAAGGAGCUACUUUCUCUCUUUAUAUUUGAUUUGUAAAGAUGUUUUGUACAAACAGUAUAUCAUCUUUCUAUUGUAUCUAUAUUUAACAUAAAAUAAUAUUUAAUCAUUUUUAAACUGAUGUACUGUUUUAUGUGGAAACAUUGUACUUAGUCAAAUAUAUCCAAAUGUUAUUUUGACAUCGAAUCUGGGGUUGAGAUUAUAAUUUUGGAAGAAAAUGACAGAGGCGUGUGUUUCAUAAAACUGUUUUUAUAUCUGUUUUAUCUCAUAAAUAUUUUUGAUGAUCUGAUGUUGUCCUUGAUUUACUUUGGUCCUAUUUCUAUUCAACUCAAAUCACUGGAUUCAUAUCAGUUGCACGGGUUUGAAACGCUAGAGGGCAGCAGUGUGGUUUUAUUGAUCAAUGUGACUCCUGCUUCAAAAUUCUCAUGUAGAUUUUUAAAUAAACUUAAUUAAAAAUGUGAUACCAACAUAUGAUGAGUAUGGUUCCAAAAUU